CUGGCUCACCUGUGGGCCAGGUAUGGUUGUUCCUGGAGACUCCACCCCCUGUGGGUCUUGCAGCUCUGCGCGCUCUGGGGCGGCCGCCCUCCACUCGGAAUUGCCACGACGCAGACAGAGCGCGGACAACUUUGGCACAACGCAGACAGGGAAGCUCACACGCGCCACCAUGAGUACCACGAACGUCUUUUUGUCUGCCUUGCAGCCCCACAGCGCGUCCACCACCUACGCCCUCCCGUCUGACAUUCGCAUCGGGAACGGGGGCGCGCUGACCGACGACGAAGCCAAGGCGCGCCGCGUCCAGGAGCAGAUCAAGCUGAAACUCGCGGAGAAGUCCACGCUUCCGCGACAGAAUGGAAAGGCCUCACAGCACCCCAUGUCAGACUAUGGCGGCUCCUCCACCAUGAAAUACAGCACCUACAGCCCAGGCGGCUUCACCUCAAAGUCAUCCUUGAUGUACAGCGGCUCCAGGACAAUGGGUCCUCGCAUAUCCCAGCGGGCAGAUUUCAGCUCCCGGUCUUCAGGCCCGGCCAUUGCUCAGUUUCAAAGGAUGAGUGUUGGUAGUGGAGUUGGUGGUGGAGUUGGAGGUGGAGUUGCAGGUGGGGGUGGGGGAUACUACAUAGAAGACGGCAGAAUGGGUUUUUCCCAAGGAAGCAUGAGACAACAGAAUCGAAUAGAACCAGAUACAGUGUCUGUGCACUCGAUGCGACAAAUGGGGGGCAACUGGAUGUAUGACGACGACGACGCUGGAAGCUUGAUAUCUGAACGCGACUCCACCGUGCAACGCCAGUUCACUCAAAGUGCCGUCAACGGCUACAGCACCCAGAUGAGGCAAGGCACCAUGAACCAGAUGGCACCUAUGCCACGAUCUUUAAGCGGCACUAUUUACUCAAAUGGAGGAAUGUCAGGGGGAGGGACAGAGUUCAUUCAGCAGCAGCAUUCCUUCAAAGGCCCGGCAUUCCGUACUAUCAGCAGGAUUGCAAACAGAAACCGAAUGAGUGUUGGUUCGAUGUCUGGGAACCAGAUGUCCUCAAGUGCCAGCAGCUUUGGGAGAGACAAAAUGGACGGAGGGUUUUUAGUUCAGGGUAGUUCCCAGGGAAAUCUGAACAUGUUUCGCCAAAGCACCUUGCCCCGUUCCAUGUCCAUUAAAAGCCUCCAAAGCGUUGGAAGAGGUGUGGACGUCUUUGAUGAGCAGAUGGGGCUCAGCGGUAUGGACAUAUACACAGCAGUGGACAACAUCAGAUCAGGAGAUCCUGAACUUCAGAUACUUGGGGCUGCAUGGAUACAGCAUCAAUGUUUCAACAGUAAUGAGGCAAAAGUUGAGGUACGGGAUCAGGGUGCAAUAGGGGAUCUGGUGAACCUUUUCAACAGCGAUGACCCGGUUGUGCGACGUUAUGCCACUGGUGCAGCACGCAACCUCAUCUAUAAGAACAUGGAAAACAAGACGGUCCUGGUUGAAAAGAGUGGCAUUUCUGAGCUGGUCAAGGCACUGGGAGAGAAUGACGAUGAGCUCCGCAAAAAUAUUACAGGUAUCCUGUGGAAUCUUUCAUCCAAAGACAAGCUGAAGGAGAGAGUGGCCAAGGAAGCAGUUGCUGAACUCUCAAAGACAAUCCUUGAACCUUUGAAGGUCAAAUUGAAGGAGGAAUCUGGAAAUGACAGCGACGACCCUUCCGAUAAAACAGCUGAUGGAGAAAUCUUCCUGAACACCACGGGCUGUUUGAGAAAUCUGAGUUCUGAAGGCGAGAAGUGCCGGCAGUUGAUGCGAGCUCAACCUGGAAUAGUGGAGGGCUUAGUGCUGUACAUCAAGUCUAUGGUCCAGAAGAAAAAAACAAACGACAGGGGGGUGGAGAACUCUGUGUGCAUCUUGAGAAACCUCUCGUACCAGCUCUACCAAGAACUUCCAUCUGCUAUUCGAAGCCGCCUGGCGGGGCCAACAAGGGACAAGAACACGGAUGAGGAGACCAUCGGCUGCUUUACUCCACAGAGCAAGAAAGCCAAAAAUAAGAAGAACAAGGCUUGUCCCACAAUUAACGAGGUUACAAAAAAUCCAAAGGAAAUGGAGUGGCUCUGGCACCCUGAUAUUUUGGGAGUGUACCAUGACCUGCUGCGGACGCCCGACACUACUCAUACCAGUCGUGAGGCGGCUGCCGGAGCUCUUCAGAACCUCACCCAUGGAGACCUAAGGUGGCCUUCAGUGCUGUCGGAUUUUGCCGAGGAGAAGCACAAGAUGAUCCCAACCAUUUUAGAUCGUCUGAAAACGGAGCAAGAUUCUGAGCUGCGUUCAAUCACAGGCUUUUUGAGGAAUCUGUCUCGCAACACAAAGAAUAAAGACAGCAUGGCUCAACAAGUCAUACGCGACUUGUUGAAGAUAUUGCCUGACGACACUGAAGCUAGAACGAUUUCUAACCCCGUGAUCGUCAACAUCUGUGGCAUUUUCAACAACCUGGUCAUCGGCAGUGUUGAAGCUGCAAGAGAGAUCACCGAAAACGGGGGCGUGAGCAAACUAAUACAAAUCAAGGAUUCUGGAGACGUAAGCGCUGAGGGUUGUCAGGCAUCCAGAUCAGCAGGAACAGUCCUAACCAACAUGUACUAUUACAAGAAACUGCACAAACUGUACAAAACGCAUGGCCACACAAAAGACGAUUUUGUCGACAAGUUUGCUUAAAGGAAAAGGUCUGGAGUGCAAAGUUCAUUCUUUAUCUUCGACUGCGCUAAGGCCACAAGCUAAGCAAAGGAAAAGACUGUUUUACUACAACAUCUCUGGAGCGGUACCUGUGGAUCCGAUGGAUUAUAUGGAUGGACUCUGAUACAAAUGUGUGCACCUUAAUCAUUAACUUUGCAUAUACACGAUAAUCUAAGCGGCAAGUUCCAUCUCUGCCCUCAACAGCAUGAAUUCAGGUGGAACGGCAGCCGUCACUGGAAUUAAAGUGGACAGUUGAGGUUUUCAACUGGACUAGAAAUCUAAGAACCAGGUCUUUUUGUAAAUAUUGCAUUUACAGAUUUUAUAUAUUGUGCUAUUCUAAAAUUAGUUUGAAACAUUUUUUUUUAACAUUUUAGGUGUAAAUAUUUGAUUUAUGGGACAGAUGUUUCUGCAUAUUUUGCUUUUCCAUUUAGGUGUGCUUGAAGCAAAAUGUUCUCUUAAAUGUCAUUUAUAAAACCACAAUGUACUGUUGAAAAUAAUCCAUUGAACAAUCUUCUCUCAAUGUUGUUCAUUUAAAAACCAAAAAGAUGAAUUUUUGCCAUGUCUUUUUCUGAUUGUAAUCUUGAAUUAUGUAACAGUUGAACAUGAGUCUGUUAAUAUCUAAACUAAAACAUGAAAGUUGGAAUGAGAAUAAUUACAGUUGUGUGGCGUAAAUGGUGUUUGUGUGGGUUUUGCACAACAUUGGUUGUUCGGUUUGUUACUUUUGUAAUAAAUUGUUUUUGGAAUUAAAAUUUAAUAAUUAAAAAAGGAUUCUCAGAAGUGAA